CGACAUGUCACUGGCAGAUCUGAGGCGAUGGCCGAUGCUGGCCGACGCUGCCCAAGGCAGAUGACUCCUUCGCUCAAACAUGCUGGGCUAUACAAUCGAGCAGUACCUCCUCGACCGUGCCAAUAUCCACGACACGAUCACUAAGAUGGCCCUCUACGCCGAUCGUAGAAACUACGAAGGUACAUUGCGCGAGGUCUUGGUGAAAGAAGGGCUGUCGAUCGAUUACACCGCGCUCGCUGGCGGAGAGCCUCAAACACCGACGCCUCGAGAUCACGUCAGUGCAUGGAAAGGAAUGAUGGGAUUCAUAGAUAACGCGCAUCACCUCACCACGUGCCUCCUUGCAGAGCUACCACAGCCAGCCGCAGACGUACCGCCCCCAACCACCGCAAAGGCGCAAGGGAGCACGAUGGUCACGAUGCAUAGGGAGAAUGUGAAGGGUGAUAAGCUGCUGCAAAACGGGCAAAUCUACGACUUCGAGCUUCGAAAAGAGGAGGUUUCUGGAGGAGGUAACCCAUGGCACAUCUCGUUUAUCAAGAUUACUCCCGUCUGGUUUGAAGGGAAUAUGGAGAUCAUCAUCCCACCACCGCCGUCAUCAUGAGUCCCCCCUCGUACGUGUACAGACCGUAUACCAACCCUGAGUAUCUCCGUAUUUUCUCUGCCAACAGAAAUACAGCACUUCCGGCCUUCUCGUCGUCAACACGAGCCAAGUAGGUCGACAUGACAAAGCCUACCUAUAAUAUUGUAAUCCAAGUUGACGGAGUAGAAGGCCUAUUCAUCGC